AUGAUUCGGUCACCUUUGGAUAGAAGAAGAAUAGUAAAACCAGAUAUAGCCCGUAUUUUGAAAAAGGGGUCGUUUCUAAAUUUGCAAACCCCCGACCUUUGUUUUGCUAUAGGGGAUUACAGAAAAGGAACAUACAAUUUGGCACAAGGAUUUGAAGAAUUAAGGGUAGCUAUAAACGAUCACAAACAAAAUUUAUUAAAUAAAAAGCAGGUGUGA